AUGCUUCACUCUAGGAGUCUAUCAACGGCCCCAAUCAGCACCCUCGAUGGAAAAUUGACCGAUGCCGAUGCGGCCCUGCGCUUCGAGGAUCACAGCCUAUACUCCGAAAGCCUCCCGUACUGGCUCGUCAAUUUACCUCGGUCGCAAUGGACGGCCGAAUGUCCCAGUUUUCUACGUGACCAAACGCCAAAGAAUAUCAGAUGCCUCUCGACCCCUGACCACCUUUAUACCCGACAGAACUGGGAGCAGGUGAAGGAGAUCACCAGCACCAACCGGAUCGAUCGAUUCCAGCGUGUCCCAAGCGAGUUGCGCAAGUAUCUGGAAUACAUGGCGCACAUCAAGGCGGAGUAUGCAUCCGUCAUGAGGUUUGUGGUGAAAGAAAGGCUGGGCUGGGGGGAUGGUAACGUGGAAGACAUCAAGCCAAGAGGUAGUGCUUUCGAAUACGAGGAGGACAUCCGAAUCAUAUACAACGACUGGCCAUAUGGUGUGGAUAAGGACAUCAUUCAUCUAGUAGUGUGGACCAAGUUCCAACUGGAGGAUGAUCCAACCACAGAUGACCUAACGCCAAGCGCACGAGCGGCCAUAGAGAGCUAUGUGGAGGAGACGUUUUGCUCUCGGGUACCACACGAACAGGUGGUCUGGUUCAAGAAUUGGAAGUCGCUCAAGUCAGUCCCUGGAAUAGAACACUUCCACGUCAUGCUUCAUCGUCCCGAUAUGGAAUUUGUUAGGGAGAUCACCUGCGGAGAUGUACCGUUAAUUGACCGGCUGUGA